AUGGAGAAGCCAAGGCCAGGGAAGAUUGACGAGUGGAAUCCCGCGCCUGAAUAUAUUGCUGAAAAUGAACCUUCCGAGAGGAAAAUUGUCUUCCACUCCAGCAGAGAAAAGAGGAUGAGCCUGGCCAGAGCAGAAGCGGCAAAGGAGUCAAUCUCCGAAAUCGUUGCACAACCAUGGGAGAAGUUUUUCGAAGAUGAAGAACAAAUCGCCAGUAGAUUACGAAAAAGCUCGACUAGGGAGAAACUCAGUGCUCGAGCAUCUCGCCGAAGCUCUUCAGAAAAUCGACAGAAGCUUUCCGGGUCGAAUGCACCUGAAGGCCGAAGUAGCGCGGGUCCUUUUCUGCGGACUGCGGGACGAAAUCUGAUUCCGUCAAGCACUUCUGAUCUCGAAGUCUACUCCAAAUCUCCUCGGCGAAAUUCGUCGGUUACUGUAGUGUUCGACUUCCAAGCGCGAAACGAGCGGGAACUCUCCGUCUCGCGAAAUGAUAAAAUUACUGUCGACGAAGUGAAAAAUGAACAAUGGGCGCAGUGCAGAAAAGGAUCCAUGACCGGAAUGGUCCCGCUUUCUUACUUACGAAGCAGUGAUCGCUCAUCAUUGACGAGUGUGAGCUCUCCUUCGCCGCUGAAGAAAGGCUCGGCGGUGGCGGCUUUUGAUCUGGAAGCCAAAUCUGAGCGACAUCUUCGGCUGACAAAAGGCGAGACUCUUGAAUUGACGAGCAAGAUCGACAAGAAUUGGUACGAGGGGCAAAACUCGACGGGUGCUUCCGGCAUCAUUCCUGCCAACUAUUUAACAAAAAUCGUGGAGCCCAUCCAACCCGCGCCAAAAGCUCGUUCUGAGGAAACUCACGCAAACGACGAAGUUUUCGAAGAAGCCCCGAGACCGAGUAAGUCCGAGAAGAUCCGCCAAAACCUAAAAGACGAGCUCGAUCUUGCGAUGAAAGAGCUCUCAUCGCAUCUACGGCUCUGA